AUGGUGAAUGCCACGGGAGAGCUCUGCCGCGACAUGGAGAAGAGCCACUCAGUCUUCUGCGCGAUCACGGCCCUUUAUAACCCCAAAUCUAUGUUGAAGCUGCUCUUCUUUGAGUAUUUCAAAGAGCACGUCGUCUAUAUUUUCGAUGCCAAACACAGCGAUGACCUGAGCAAGUGCAUCGGACGCAAUGAGUGGGAUUAG